UUCUCCAUUAGCUCAUGGCUUCUUCCAUUCUCGCCACCAGCGAGGCGUGUUCUUGGGGCAAAUUCCAUGGGGCAAGGAGGAGGAGAGCGCCCAGGCGCUGCCGCAAUGCUUGUUCCUGCAGGGCGUCCUGGCAAGAGCUCGCCGGUGUUCUUGUGUUCUCGGCAUUUCCCUUCACGGCAGUCAAGGCAAUCGCGAAUAGCUCGCUCGGCAAGCAGCUCCAGGAGAGGAUGCAAGAGACCAAGGCCGCGGCGGAGAACUCCCGAUCGGCUGUGGAUGCCGCGAGAAUGAGGGCUAGGGACGCGAGUGUGUGGUUUGGCCAAGAUCGUCCCAAAUGGCUGGGGCCGAUUCCAUACGACUAUCCUGAUCAUCUCCAAGGAAGCUUUCCUGGAGAUUAUGGCUUCGACAUAGCGGGACUUGGAAAAGAUCCCGCAAAAUUCGAUAAGUUCUUCAAUUUCGAGAUUUUGCAUGCUCGAUGGGCGAUGCUAGCAGCGCUGGGAGUGGUGAUCCCGGAGGUCUUGGAAAAGUUUUUUGGAGUUAACUUCGCAGAGAGCGUGUGGUGGCGAGUCGGGUAUGCCAAGCUCGAGGGCGACACGCUAGAUUAUCUCGGGAUUCCAGGCCUCCACAUUGUUGGGGCUCAAGGCAUCAUCGUCAUUGCGAUCUGCCAGUUCCUCCUCAUGGUUGGUCCAGAGUAUGCCAGGUACUGCGGCAUCGAAGCACUAGAACCGCUAGGAAUCUAUCUUCCCGGAGACAUCAACUAUCCGGGAGGAGUCCUGUUUGAUCCGCUGGGACUCUCCAAAGAUCCGGCUACUUUCGAGGAGCUCAAAGUCAAGGAGAUAAAGAAUGGCCGUCUAGCGAUGGUGGCGUGGCUGGGAUUUUACGUCCAAGCUCUCGUGACAAAGAAGGGCCCUUUGGAGAACUUGCUCGAUCAUUUACAAGAUCCUCUUCACAACAAUGCCGUUACGUCAAUCCUCCUCUAGCUUCGCAAGAGAAAGAUAAGUUCUAGAUUGAUUCCUAUGCUAGCCGAUAAGAAUUAAAUCCCAGGUAUGGUGUCUUCGGAAAGUCUGCUAAUCCCGUGAAGCCUGGCUCGAGAACACGGUUCCGCUCAAUCUCAUAUCUUUCGACCACCUUGUCGUGCUCGAGGAGUUCCUUCAAUGGAGGUGGAGUCUCCACAAUUGGUCUCACAAUCUGCGGAAGAGAGCAACGAAGAACAAGAAAAAAAAGCGUUUGGCUUGUCACUGGAUUGUUCUUCCACUGGCAUGGAACGCAGCAAAACGAGGACGAUUUGCAAGCGGAACUUGGACUUGUUCCACUCGAGGACGAUUUGCAAGCAAAAAAACUUGGACGAUGUGUGAUCCCAGCUUGGAAGAACACACAUUAAAACGAUCGAAUGGAAUAAAGGAAGAGAAACUUACCUUCA